AUGCAUGUGUGGCCGACGCACCCUGCAGACAGGAGAGCGGCAAGGCACUUGCAGCGCUUGCCGCGAGACGCUGUGGUGGCAUUGCCUCUUUUAUGCCGCGAUUUGAUUCGUGCAUUUGUGGGUGACCAAAGCGGAGUAGGCGUUACAGCAUCGGGUCUACGCCUGCGAGUCAACCAUGUCCGUGUGCAGGACAUCAGCCGUGGAUUGUUCCAUGAAUUCCAGAAAGCCGCGGAUAAGGGCUUGACGUCGUACUACCUGAACCAGAACAUCAAGCUUAUAUCGUUCUGGAGACCAUGGAUGCUGGAGCCAGAUGGCCCGACAUGGAUUCGGAAUUGCCUCGAAACCAGAGGCUUCAAAACCGACAUCUGCAAGGUUUACCACACAGCAUAUGCUGGUGUGCAAGGGUGCAGCUUUUUCGAGUUGAAGGUUGGUUGGUGA